CCCCUAAGUUUCCGGCGUGGGCCUAGGCGAGCGUAGCUAGCAGUUGCGUUUAGGUCCUGUCUAGGAGGGCUUUUUGGAUUACAAGUUCGGGCUCGUGGCUGUACAGUUACAGCAGCCACACAGGAAAGAUGGGAGAGGAGGCCAACGAUGACAAGAAACCAACAACUAAAUUUGAACUCGAGCGAGAAACAGAACUUCGCUUUGAGGUGGAGGCAUCUCAGUCAGUUCAGUUGGAGCUGCUGGCUGGCAUGGCAGAAAUCUUUGGCACAGAGCUGACCCGAAACAAGAAAUUCACCUUUGAUGCUGGUGCCAAGGUGGCUGUUUUCACUUGGCAUGGCUGUUCUCUACAGCUCAGUGGCCGCACUGAGGUGGCUUAUGUCUCCAAGGACACCCCAAUGUUGCUUUAUCUCAACACUCAUACAGCCUUGGAACAGAUGCGGAGGCAGGCGGAGAAGGAAGAAGAGCGAGGCCCCCGGGUGAUGGUAGUGGGCCCCACUGAUGUGGGCAAGUCCACAGUGUGCCGUCUACUGCUCAACUACGCAGUGCGUUUGGGCCGCCGUCCCACUUAUGUGGAGUUGGAUGUGGGCCAGGGCUCUGUGUCCAUCCCUGGUACCAUGGGGGCCCUCUACAUUGAGCGGCCAGCAGAUGUUGAAGAAGGAUUCUCUAUCCAGGCCCCUCUGGUGUAUCAUUUUGGCUCCACCACUCCUGGCACCAAUAUCAAGCUGUAUAAUAAGAUUACAUCUCGUUUAGCAGAUGUGUUCAACCAAAGGUGUGAAGUGAACCGAAGGGCCUCUGUGAGUGGCUGUGUCAUUAACACUUGUGGCUGGGUCAAGGGCUCUGGUUACCAGGCCCUGGUGCAUGCAGCCUCAGCCUUUGAGGUGGAUGUAGUUGUGGUUCUGGAUCAAGAACGACUGUACAAUGAACUGAAACGGGACCUGCCUCACUUUGUACGCACUGUGCUGCUCCCUAAAUCUGGGGGUGUGGUUGAACGCUCCAAGGACUUCCGGCGGGAAUGCAGGGAUGAGCGUAUCCGUGAGUAUUUCUAUGGAUUCCGGGGCUGUUUCUAUCCCCAUGCCUUCAAUGUCAAAUUUUCAGAUGUGAAAAUCUACAAAGUUGGGGCACCCACCAUCCCAGAUUCCUGUCUGCCUUUGGGCAUGUCUCAGGAGGACAAUCAGCUCAAGCUAGUACCUGUCACCCCUGGCCGAGAUAUGGUGCACCACCUCCUAAGUGUCAGCACUGCUGAGGGCACAGAGGAGAACCUUUCUGAGACAAGUGUGGCUGGCUUCAUCGUGGUGACCAGUGUGGACCUGGAGCAUCAGGUGUUUACUGUUCUCUCUCCCGCACCCCGCCCACUGCCUAAGAACUUCCUUCUCAUCAUGGAUAUCCGGUUCAUGGACCUUAAGUAGAGAUCAGCAGGAAGCCUUGCUGCCUGGGCAUAGAGAUCUUCUGGCAUCACCAAAGGCAGAUGGGCUGAGGUAUGAGAAUCUCUUGAGGCCAGGCUGACCAAUAAAUGGUGGACUACGAGAAAGCAUAUAUUCUACCUCUUAAAACAGGUGGUGGAAACUUAACUCUGCUAAUCUUGAACCAAAAGGAAAACCAUGAGAAUAUAGUUGGUUUCCUAGAUCACCUGAGGUGCCACCUUGAAUUAAGUGGAGGAAUCCCAUUUCUUUCACUGUGCUACCACGUGGACUAAUUUAUUACUGCUUUGUAUUUUGUAUAGGGUACUUGUUAUCUCAUUUGUCCAGAAUGAAAGAGUGAAUUCGAAGGACUUCUUCUGAUAGAGUUCAUACUUGGAAGAAAAAAACUAUUUUAAUAAAAUAUUUUUGCCAUA